GGCCUAGCCUCGUCGAGAUUCAUUGAAAUCAACGACGACAGCGACCUCACAAAAUUCAAGUCGUACGAACAUGGCGACGAAAGGACUUCAAAGCUUCACGAGAAGCUUGAAUGCUUUCCGCACAUCAAUAAACAGUGCGAGAGAUCCAUUAACAGUAUGUCGUAUAGAUUGACGGCUGGGAGUGAAUCUGAGUACUGAUUUUACUAUAGCAAUGCCUAGCACCACAAUUUACGAGAUCAAUGGCAACAGAGGCGCCGUUACCGUCCAGUAUCUCCCAAAGAUAUGAACCCAGUAUUCUCACAAAUACAUCAGAUAUCGCGUCUGAUCCUUUCAGUACAUAUUCCUUGCGAAAUUCCUCCAUCUAUCCGCUAACACCCCGCAGACCCCCCAGUUUUAACCACUAUCUAUAAAUUCCCGACCAUGGAACCUCUCCGUUUCGAAUCCUACCCAGGUAAACAUCUUCACCUCCCUCUCCGUCGAGAUCUUCUUCAUCGCGCUGUAGUAUUCGAAGGCGACAAUACCCGUCAAGGAACUGCAUCCUCCAAAACCCGCUGGGAUGUCCAUGGUUCUCAUCGAAAAGUCCGUCCGCAAAAAGGAACCGGUAGUGCUCGUCUUGGCUGGAAGCAAUCGCCAUUAAUUCUUGGAGGAGGAAAAUCAUUUGGUCCUCACCCAAGAGACUUUGGAACAGACUUACCGAGAAAAAUAUACGAUAUUGCGUGGCGGACGGCGCUGAGUUGGAGAUAUAGAAGAGGACAAUUGAUUGUUUGCGAAGAUGGAAUGACAUUUGAUUACCCAAAAACGAGAUAUGCGAAGAAAGUUUUUGAGGAUUUAGGAUGGGGGAAGCAGAAUGGAAGGACGUUGAUUGUGACGGAUGGUUUCAGGAAGAACCUGUCCAGCGUCGUUGACAAGCAUGAUGCGACGGUGUUGGAAGUGAGUGAUGUGGAUGUUAAGGAUUUGUUGGAGUUGUCGAGGGUUGUGAUAGAGAAGAGUGCGUUGGAUCAUAUAUUGGAAGAGCACCAGAGUGAUCUUGUUAAGAAGGUUAGGAGUGCUGCGUGAUGAAUGAGCUAUGGUAAUAUAUUUCAAGCUCUUUCUCUUGUGUAUAUAGUAUUGUACGAAAAAUGAACGAUUUCUAGAUGGAAGGCAUAG